AUGGUUCGUCUAAGAUGUUUGGCUCUGCUGAACCUUGCCAUGGUCAGCAUGACCAGCGCAGCUGGUGGUGGAACCAAGGAAGAGUAUGACUCCGGAGCAGUCCAUGCUAGGUUCAUGAGUAUCAAGAUGGCUCAAUGGGCGGAGGAGGAAGCCCUAGGCAAGAUGGAUAGCUCCCAGUAUCCUGCGCUGGGUUACACUCCUUGUGUCAAUGGAUUUGCUGCUGCCAUACCCGGAGAUGCCUUGAAUACAUUUAGAUGCCACAACAUCGACCUCUAUUCAUUCUUAUCCCAUGCUGAUCUCGGCAGCUGGGGUGGACGAGGCUCUUCUUCAUGGGGUUGGACCUCGGCUGAUGGACGAGAGAUUGUUGCUAUAGGGCAGUACGACGGCACUGCGUUUGCAGAGAUCACGAGUGAAGGCAAGCUUGUCUAUCUCGGUCGUCUUCCCCAGUACGACAAAAUUGGCUCCCAAUGGAGAGAGAUCCGGAUCGUCGGAGAUAUCGCUGUCAUUGGCUCGGAGGCGAUGAGUCACGGAGUGCAAUUCUUUGACAUGAAAAAGACUCUCGACCUUGAUCCAGCGAACCCCAAGAAUUUCACGCAAGAUGAACUUGCUGAUCACUGGGACGAGCUCCCUGUCGGCCGUACGCAUAACAUCGUGGUCAAUCACGAGCUGAACUACGCCAUUGCGGUUGGGUCUGUUGGUGGCAAUGAGACUGUCCGUGUCCGAGAUCCUGAUCUGCCUUGCCGUGGCGGCUUGAUUUUCCUGGAUAUUAGUGAUCCGACCAACGUCACAUCUCCUGGCUGCGCUGCCGGUGAUGGGUAUGUGCACGAUGCUGAAUGUCUCGUUUACCGAGGCCCAGACGAGAAAUAUUAUGGCCGUGAUAUUUGCUACGGCUACAACGAAGAUACCCUGACCAUCUAUGAUGUUACCGAUAAGGUUGGUAAUGUAACCAACAUCAUUUCGAUUGUCGAUUACCCCGGUGCCGAAUAUGUUCAUCAGGGCGUCGUCAACAACGAGACUUGGCAAGAGUAUCUAUUCAUCGAUGACGAGUUCGAUGAGCGUGAUGCCAAAGUCGGGCCUAUGACACAGGGCCUGCCUACCACUCAUAUCUUCGAUAUUAGGGACCUAGAAAAUCCCAAGUAUACUGGAUAUUACGCAGGCAAGACCAGGUCUAUUGAUCACAACCAGUACGCAGUGGACGGGUAUUUGUACCAGUCUAACUACGGCAAUGGCCUCAACGUGCUAGACGCCCGCAGCGUGACUAAGGAUCCCACUGGAGGAAGCAUUUGUGAGGCCGGCUUUUUCGAUGUCUACCCCGAAGACGACGAGAAUGAGGGUGGUGGCACUGUCGCCUUCCUCGGUUCCUGGUCAAGCUACCCUUACUUCAAGUCUGGUUUCAUCCUGGUCCAUACUAUCGAGCGUGGCACUUUUGUCGUCAAGAUGACGUCCAAGGAGUGUGCCAAGCAGCCGGUGUGUAAUGCGGAUAACUGUCUCCGUGCUCUGCGCGCAUCACACAUCCCGGGCCGGCUGGAGGAAAGUGUUGAGUUCUGCGGGAACUUUACUCGCCGCCUCAGGGAUGACGAAGAGCUGUUGCCUCAGUAUGCUACUGAUGCCUACUGUUCCAGAGCUGCCGAGAACGACAAGCCGCCCACCGCCACCAACCGUUCUGCCUGA